UAUGGCUGGGCUCCAUUAUAUCCUCUUUUUCAUUUUAUACUCGAUUGGGCAACCAUACAAAGUUGGUCUCUUGUUGAACUCCGAAGAGCAGGAUGGGUCCAAUGCCAUCAAAAGCCUCGCCCAAUACACCAUCUCCAAACUAAACAAAUCCAACACCAAACUGCAACUGGUAGAACGAUACCAUGACUCAACAUACUUAAACGUCAUGAACAAUGUUUGUGAACUUAUCGACGAAAAUGUUGUGGCUAUCAUAUCUGGGUCAGAUUCAACUUUGACGGCGAUUCAGGUGAAUAUGGCAAAUCAGUUUCAUGUUCCACUUGUUGCUGCGGUGGCUACAAAUCCUUUCCUCGAACCCGUCUCUAAGGAAAACUUUGAACUGAGACUUUCACCAUCAGACGUAUUUCAGAGUCAAGCUAUAUUCGACUUGUUGAAGGAGUACAAUUGGUACCAAUUUUCGAUUCUGGCAUCAGCAGACGAUUACGGGAUCAACAGUAUCGUGCAUUUGCAAUAUCUGGCCUCGCAAGAUGACAACUUCAGCAUUAGGGACGUCCAACAUUUUGAUGUAAGAAAAGAUCUGUCAGAUUCAGAAAAUUCUUCUUUCUUUGAAAAAGAGCUUCAACUGAUCAAAGAUUCGAUAGCCAAGGUUAUUGUUCUAAAUUGUGAUGGAAAGUUCGCCAAAAUCAUAUUCAGGGAAGCCGAAAGAAAGGGCUUGAUGGACGAAUCAUUUGUCUGGAUAACGACAGAUGCGAUCACAUCUAAACCAGAAACAAUGGCCUAUGAUGACUUGUCCUACCCUUCCUUCUACCAAGGAUUGAUAGGAACGCUGCCUCACUAUGGAAAAGGUUCCAAACAAUACAAAGAUCUGGCAGAUGGAUACAUUAUGACUGGUGGUAAAUCCUCGGAUUUGCACAUGUCAUCUGUAAAAGUUUCUAUGGGUCUAGAAAUCGUCCAUUUCUCUCUAAAAGAGCUUGAUGAGGGUGAAUGGGACAACUCCCCAUCAGUUAGCUGUAAAACACCUUCUUACUGGGUUGGUGGUGAAGAACUCUUCAGCAAGAUGGAUGAGAAUUUCCAAAACGGAGCAUAUGACAAUUCUGGGGUGGUCAUUCCAACGUAUGACAUAUUGAACUUCCAAGAAAAGGGCUUCGAGAAGAUUGGGAAAUGGGAAAAUUCCAGUGGUCUUGUAAACCUUGGUAAGGAUGAAACAAUAUUACGGUGGGUCGACAGAAAAGAUGUUCUAUUUAGUGGCAAUAAGUAUUCACCUCCCAGUGGAAUAGGGAACACGCUCACUGGCUAUCACCUUCGAAUCGGCAUAGUUCCAGAACCACCGAUUGCAUAUUUCGAUGAGAAGUGUGGUAAUAAUUCAAGUCCUGACUGCUGGUACGGCUGGAAUCCCGAUAUCAUCAAAAAACUCCAGGAAGACCUAAACUUCACGUACGAAUAUGUUCAGCCGGCAGAUAAUAAAUAUGGUGGCUUCAACAAGGUAACAAAAGAGUGGAAUGGAAUGAUUAGAGACAUUCUGGACAGAAAAACAGACUUGACCAUAGCUCUGUCAAUAAAUACUGAGCGGUCAAAAUACAUUGACUACACUGCUUCUUUCUAUGAGGAUCAGGCUGCGUUCAUUGUUCAUACUAAGACAUCCAAAAGUUCAUCAAACAUGUUCUUUUUCCUGGAACCCUUCGAGUUAUCAGUGUGGAUAAGUAUCAUUGGCCUAAUCCUGGUGAUCGCUCUUUUAACCACAUUUUUCAGUAAGUUCUCUCCUUUCGGAAAAUAUGGCAGGACUAUCCACGCUAUGCAGAGUUGUGCAUGCGCCGAAUGUGUGCUGAGGAGAGAAAUCAAAGUGGCUAAGAAGUGUAGGUUUGUUGAUACGAAGACAUAUAGUUGUUUGGUGGAGAAAGUAGAGGAGGACGAUGAGAUGAACGAGCUCUCUUACUACAACUCAACAUGGCUUAUUGGAACAGGUUUUGUUCUGCAAGGGACUGACACACUUCCUACUGCACCGUCUGGACGCUUCCUUCUUUUCAUGUGGUGGCUCUUCAUCAUGAUUCUCACCUCAAUGUACACGGCAAAUCUAACUGCUCAUCUGACGCUGGAUCGUUCUACCGCAACAAUUACCAAACUAGACGAUCUGUUGAACCAGGGAGACUAUAAGUGGGGACUUAUAAAUGAUCGUAAUCUUCAGACCAUGAUGUCUGAUCAUGAGGAUGAAACAUACAACAAAAUAGUUAGCAGUGGAGUUGGAUUGGAAAGUUUAGAUGAAGGCAUCACAAGAGUUAAAAAAGGCGAUUUUGUCUUCAUUGAUGACAGCUCUGUGCUUACUUUCAAUUUCAGGGGAGACUGUCAAGCUGCACUUACGAAAACAGGCAAAUUCAACAACCAGUGGGCAUUGGGGACACAAGUAAAUUCACCAUAUUCAGCAGUUAUCAACAGCAUGUUCCUUCAAUACCGUGAGAGGGGUUGGUUUACCACCAAAUUUGACGAAUGGUAUAACUCCGCUGAUGAAAACAUACAGACUUGCUCUUCUUCGGUUGGUAGUGAUGCUAAAUUUGGUAUCCCCAUUUUAGGGGGACUGUUCCUUAUUUUAGGUGUUGGAGCUGUAAUAGCCUUUGUCACUGUCUUCCUUGAAAUACUCUACGUUUCUCACCUAGACAGUAUAGAAAAGGGGCAGAGUAUCUGGCAAUGUUUGUGGAAAAGAAUAGUAUAUAAGUAUCGUGAAGUCACCGAAGAGUGGUUUGAUAGAAGUCACAAAAGAGUUGAAGGCCAUGAUUCAAACGGGUUUGAUCGAAACCAUAAGGAAGAGGUUAUUUCUAACACUUCUAUCUGAAAUAUUAAAAGUGUUAUCAUACGCUGAAAGUUAUGCUUACAAUAUAGACCUCAAAGGAGUAUGAGUUUGUGAAGAUAGAAGAACUAGCAAAGUUUGAAGAAACACUCUACGUUCCUUGUAAGAGUAUAGACGAGUGUUGACACGACAUUUUGUCUAAUGUUGCCACCAAUAUAAUUGAUUCUGCCUCCCACUGGGAGGAAGCCGAAUUGUUGGCGGAUCAUAACAGUAUAACAUUUAAGGUUAGAUGUCAAAGCAGUUAAUCUUAUCUAUAUUUAGGUGAAGCCCUUUAGAUGAAAAUAUUUAUAUUUUUAAAUUUAAAUUUUUGAGUGUGUAGUUGUAAACCUAAUUAGAUUCAUAUUAUUUAGAGUAAUUUAGUUAAAAAAGAUAAUUAUUGUUUUAAAAUAGCUUGAGUCACCUCAAGAAUUGUUUUGCUGAGUAAAUAAACUUACUUAAUAUCAAGAAAUAAUAAAACAUGACUGAAAAUUAUUCGCUUCACUCAGCUGGGGUUCGUGAAGUAAAUAUUCCGAUCGCAUAUCAUGACAGAAAUUUAUGCAAAUUAUGAAAAUGUUACCGAUUCUCUAGCUUUAAAAAGAGUUUUUGAUUGGAAUAUAUAUAAUAAAAAUAUCUGUUCAUGUAGGAAGUAUUAAGAUGUAAUGACAAUGCUGACAAUAAAUACUUUUUCACAGUAUGCCUUUCAAUUUAUAAAGAGCUAACAUCUUUGCACUGCAAUGGUACUGCUCUUGUGUGUGUGCGUGCACUUCAAGGAUUAGAAUGUGCAAGUUUACGAUAGAGGAUGGGAAGUCUUUUAUCACGCCAAAUGUUUGCAUGCUGAUGAUUUCAAGGUUCGAUCUCAACCAAAAUAAAAUGUAUAUAGACUUUACCAAUGCUUGGAUAG